AACGGAUACUAAUUAAAAGUCGACCGACGACGACCUAGCUAGCUCUAUACACGACACAAGAGCUAUGGCGCUGACGGCGCUCGAGAGAUUUUCAGUGGUGCUGUUGGCUGGCAAUCUUUUCGGACUCGUCAGAGCUGAUGAUUACGAUGAGUGUGAUAACCAACGCUAUGGAGAUAUUGAUGACAGUAAGUUGUGUAUUGUGUGGAAAUAGCCUUAGUCAGUGAGAGGGAACCUAGCCGAUUGUCCUUCACAACAGAAUGCAUAGGCGUUGAAAUGGAACCAGACAUGCUACUGUAUGAUAUCAAGCAUUGUCAUUAUACUCCUGUCAUUAUACUCCUGUCUUUAUCUUUCUUUUGCAUACGUAGCUGCAUUCAUUGUGUCCCUCUUCAUCGUGCUACCCAUUAUAAUGUGUGUCUACUGCUGCUCCUGCUGUACGUUCUGUACUGUGGCCUGGCUGGUCACCUGUAUCCACCGCUGGGGUGCCCGCUGGCACAGGAACAAUGACCCCACCAUUGUCGAGGUUAUCGACCCUCAACAAGUUGGAGCUCCUGUCAAUAUUAAUAGUCGUGCAACCAAACCUCCUAUGUCACCUGAUGGUAUAGAUGUACCACCACCUUAUUCUCUUGCUGCUGCCGGUGCCAGUGCCCCUCCCCAUCUUACUCCUGACUCUGAGGAAUUUUCUUCACUCAUACCUCAGCAGGAACCAGUUGGGGACAUUGAUCAUGAGAAAGAGGACUAAAAACAUUUCUGCUCUGUUCAUCUUAUUAAUAUGUGUAUGUGUUUUUUUACUUCAAAAUACAUCUCAUUAAAACCAUUUGGGCGCCAUUUACAUAUAUAUAUCCACAGAGCCUCCAUGAGUGCAUAAGAAUUUAUAUAUGGCUAUAAUACUAGGCGCUAAUAUGUUAUACAUCAAUUUCUGCUUAUUAUUUUAAGGAGACACCUAUGGCGCCCAAAGGCCCUUUGGACGCCAUGGGGAUCUGUUUAAAUAAGCAGAAACUGAUACAUAAAGUAUUAGUGCCUAUGAUAACUAAAUGCAUGCACAAUCCUGCUAUAUAAUACUAUAUUAACCCUUUCGGUCACA